CCAAUCCAAUCCACAUAUUGUGAGCUGGAUUAGCAUUUCUAGAAUCUAGUCCAGGGAUGUAGGAAUCUUUGCGAGUGAGCAUAACAAAAAGGUGUUAAGCUUUUCUUAAAUGUCAACUGGCCUCAACCUAUUUAUUUUCUACUCAGCCGCAUUAAAUCUCACUAAAGCUCUUCUGCUAACAUGAAGUCAAUCUCAUCAAGCCCAUGGAUACUGUUAUGGUAUUGUAUGGUUGCAUUGCCAUUGUUGCUUCUUCCUUUUCUUGUUGUUGUUUUGCUAAGAUAUGUGAGGACUAAGAAGGCCCUCAAGCUGCCUCCUGGGCCUCCAGGGUGGCCCCUUGUUGGAAAUCUAUUACAACUUGGAAAAAAGCCUCAUGAAUCUUUGAUGGCUCUUGCUAAGGCAUAUGGUCCUUUCAUGACACUUCAUCUCGGAAUGAAAACAGCCAUUGUAGUUUCAUCCCCUGCCAUGGCAAAGGAAAUUCUUAAGAACAAUGACAGAAUUUUUGCAGGCAGAACAGUCAUACAAGCAGUCAAAUGCCUUUCUUAUGAUGAGCAUUCGAUGAUAUGGUGCCAGUAUGGCCAUCGCUGGGAUGUAAUCAGAAAGGUCUUUAAUACAGAGCUUAUGAGCUCAAAGAGAUUGGAAUCAAUGAAAUCUGUGAGGAGAGAGCAGGUGUUUCGUAUGAUUGGCCUUAUUUUUGAAGAGAGAGGGAAGAGUGUGAAUAUUGGGCAGAUUGUGUUUCUUGCUUCUAUUAAUGCAUUUGGCAAUAUGAUGUUUAGUAGAAAUAUGUUUGAAUCAGAGUGCUGUGCAUCGGGAGGAGCAGGGGAGUUUAAGGAUAUUAUUUGGAGAAUAAUGGAGCUUGGAGGGACACCCAAUAUUGCAGAUGUCUUUCCUUUUUUGGAAUGGCUAGACCCCCAGGGUAUAAAGGCCAAGAUGACAGAAUGUUUUACAAAGAUAUUUGACUUGUUUGACAAAUUGAUAGAUGACAGAUUGAAGGGCAGAAGUGGAAGCAACAUUGGAGAUAAGGAUUUUCUAGACAUCUUAUUGGAUUUGAAAAGUAAUGAUGGUGAAGACAAGGCGCUAUUCACCAUUCUGGGCAUUAAAUCUCUAUUUCUGGACAUGUUUCAGGCUGGCCCAGAUGAAAUUUCCACAACAGUAGAAUGGGCAAUGUCAGAGUUUCUUAAAAACCCACAUUCCUUAAAGCAAGCCCAAGAAGAAAUAAGCAGAGUGGUGGGCUAUGACAAAAGAGUAGAAGAAUCUGAUACGGAAAACCUACCAUACCUUCAAGCGGUGAUAAAGGAAGUAUUUCGCCUGCACCCAACUGCUCCUCUUCUCUCCAACAGAGCAGAAACCUCGUGUGAAAUAGCAGGGUUCCACAUACCAAAGCACGCACAAACAAUCAUUAAUGUGUGGGCAAUUGGAAGAGACCCAAAUGUGUGGAGUGACCCCUUGCAGUUCAACCCUAGCAGAUUCUUAGAUUGUGAUAUUGAUUAUAAAGGACACCAUUUUGAGCUGCUUCCAUUUGGGGCGGGAAGAAGAAUGUGCCCUGGGCUUCCACUGGGAAAUAAAAUGGUAAAAUUAAUAUUGGCUUCUCUUCUACAAUCUUUUGAGUGGAGUCUUCCACAUGGCCAAAGUAUAGACAUGACAGAAAAGUUUGGUCUGGCUCUGCAGAAGGCUGUGCCAUUGAAAGCCUUCCCCACACCACGUUUAUCUAUUGAUCUUUACUGAUUUUGUGAAGUUCUGGAAUAGCAAAUUAUUCCUAUCAAUAUUUAGUUUGGGUUCCUAUUACAGUACAAUUAAGUCAAGUUUUUCUUCUGAAAUCAAAGCAAGACUAUUUUAAGGCCUGUAACUAAGCCCACAGUGGUUCAAUAAUUUCUUGAGACCAAACUGGAGCAGCAACUGUAAAUUCAAAUUAAUAUAUAUGGACCAUUUUCCAA